AUGGCUGCAGAAAUCCGCUAUCAAUGGCAAUCCAUAGUUUUACAUGAGCGUGAUUCCUUUAUUUAUGUCACAUUCAACAUUCUACUAAUCAAUCUUGCCCAACAAGUGCCUGCUCCUGCUCCCGCUUCCACUUCCACUUCCGCUUCCACUCAUGCCAUUCUUGCUUUUAUAGUUCCCAUUCUCCUCACCUUUGUUCAGAUUAAAUUCCAAGGAACGUCUUCACCUUUUGAAACGCACCAUACCACCACCAUGGUUGCCAUAGCCAGCUUACUUGCAUUCAGCUUGGCUGUUGGGGCCAGGCUAAGGUUCCCUACUCACUCUCCUACCUAUUCUAGCUUCGUCGUAGGGUUCUCUGGUUUACUCUCAGUUGCUUCGCUGCUCUCCCUUCUGCUUCCCGAUUCUUGGCACCAUGUCCCAUACAUGGUGUUCUUCAUGUAUCUGAUGAUCGAGUGCUUUGCAUGGGUUAGAAUGAUAGGUCGAUUGGCUUACCAGCAAGCCGUUCAUGGAUUUCUUUGUGUGUUAUUCUACUUAUUCGAGCAUCACCCUUGGGUGACAAGGGCUCGCCAAUUGCCCUUCACAUUUGUAUGA